CUAUGUUGAGAGUCACCCUCGUUGGAUGAAAAGGACCUCCGUUUCCAAAGAUGUGGGUGUAUGUUCUGUUGCGUGAGGCUGAUAAACCCUGAAGUUCUCCAUUCAAGUCCUGACAAGAUCAAAGCCAGCCCCAUUUCCUAUUAAAAGGGGCGUGUUUUUUACACAGGAGUAUAAACACUUGUGUUGGAGCUGUUGGCUUCACAGACAAGCUGUGGAACUCCAUCUUCUAAGUUUAGGCCUGAGACAAUUUUGGAUUCCAACUUUCCCUGGAAGAAGCUGCUAGAGAAGCAUAGCCAUGUCCUCACCAACGUCCUGCGUGAACAAGAUCAUUGUAUAUGACAAGGCCAACUUUGAUGGGCUUAGCAAAGAGUUCACCAGCGACAUCCCUGACCUGCAUGCGUUGGAUUUUGGGGAUUGCAUCUCCUCUCUGAGGGUGAUUGGGCAGCCUUGGGUGGCCUACAAAUCCGCCAAGUUCGAAGGAGAUGGUUUUGCUUUUGAGGAAGGGAAUUACAGCGAGAUUGACAUGAACAACAAAAUCUCAUCCCUCCGGCUGGUUCACCAUGAUCUCUCUGAGCCCCUGAUCACCCUGUACGAGUGUCCCAACUAUGAGGGCCAAAGAAAGGUGGUGCAGGAGGAGACCAACCUUGCUUAUGGCUACUUCAACGAUUGCGUCUCCUCCCAUGUGGUACAAAGAGGAGUGUGGCUCUUGUACAAAAACGCCAACCGGGGUGGAUGGUAUCACGUUGCCUGGCCUGGGGAGCGUAUUCGUGACUACAAAACAGAGCUCAACUUUGAUGAUAGUGUCUCUCACCUGAGGCCCUUACAGCCUGGGUGCCCUAUCAUCACCACAAAGCUAUUUUGGGACAAGAAAAAGGUAGAGGAUGAAAGAGAUGUCCUGAUCGAUGAGAUUGUGGGAACCAACUGUACCGAAUAUGAGCAAGCAUUCACUGCCACCACCUGCAGGGAAUACACAGCUACCGUUUUCCAGAGCUUCCACUUCAGCAAUACCACGACCCUAAAACUUGGCCUCUCGUUCCAGGUCACAUUGGGAGGUUCCAAUGUCUUUAAGGUGAAGAAGGGGAAGCAGGAGUCCAUCACCACCAAUGAGAAGGUCGAGGUUCUGCUCCCUGCUAAGAUCCCGCCACACACUCAGCUCACUAUCCACGUGAUCAAGAAAGAGACCACAACUUCAGUCCCAGUGGAGCUCACUAUUUCCCAGAAUGGGAAAGAAAGGAAAGAAGAAGCAGAAUAUCGGUGUAUUUCAGGGCGUACUAUCAGCACCCGGUAUACCAUGAUGCCCACCUCGGCAGCAGAGGAAAAAUCUAAAACUAAAGCUGCAGAUGCAAAAGAAGGGGAGCACUGCCCUACACAGCCCUCAGAGGCGGAUUUAAAGAAGCUAGCUCUAUCUCAGUCUGGACCAGUAACAUCAGAGGAGACAUCUUAAGACAUGGAGAAGACUUGAGUUAUGGCUGUUUCCAGACUGUAUUAAAUAAUGAGGGAAAGGAACACAAUAUAUUGGGUUAGGUAUGGUGAUACUUUCAGGGUUUCAAGACUAGGAAUUAGACCAGGGAUGGGUGACUUGUAGCCAUCCAGAUGUUUUACAACUGCAAUCUCCAUCACCCUUUUUAGUGUCAUUAAUAAUAAGGGAUGCCGUCCAACAACAUCUGGAGGGCCAUACAUUGCUCAUCCCUGAUUUGGGGAUAGUAUCUCAAGGAAGUAAGUUAUGACAAUAGUUAAGAUGAUAGUUUCAUAGAAUCACAGAGUUGGAAGAGACCAUGUGGGCCAUCCAGUCCAACCCCCUACCAAUAAGCAGGAAAAUUGCAUUCAAAGCACCCCGGCAGAUGGACAUCCAGCCUUUAUUUAAAAGCCUCCAAAGAAGGAGCCUCCGCCACACUCUGGGGCAGAGAGUUCCACUGCUGAACAGCUCUCACACUCAGGAAGUUCUUCCUCAUGUUCAGGUGGAAUCUCCUUUCCUGUAGUUUGAAGUCAUUGUUCCGCAUCCUAGGUCUCCAUGGCAACAGAAAACAUCCCUCCUCCCUAUGACUUCCCCUCACAUAUUUAUACAUGGCCCUCCUCAUGGCUCCUCUCAGCCUUCUCUUGUGCAGGUUAAACAUGCCCAGCCUUAAAUUAAUCUGGCAGGAACUGGAACCUAAAUUAAUCUGGCAAGAACUGGAAGGUAAAUGUUGGCAAAGAGAUCAUGGGGAAAUGUUUUUCAUGUCAAAAAACAGGCAAAGUAAUUAAGGGGCGUAAAAAUAACCUGGCUAAAGAUGUUAUAGAGACAUGGGUUAAGUUAAAAAAAACAAAAACAAGAUAUUUCCAGGAGUUCCCCCCUAACCCCAAUAGUUUUACUGGAAAAGUUUCCAGAAGACCUGAGAAUUAAACUUAAGUAUAAAAAAUAGUGGAGGUGGAAACUGCUCUUUCUUGGAAGAAAUGGAUGCAAAAUUCGAUGGGCAAGUUUAAUAAGUUAGAAGAAGAAGGUGUCCUGAAUUGGUUUGAGAGGCAACAGCUAUACAGUUGGGGAAAGGACUGCUUAGGUAAAAAUCCCAAAUGUAGAGAGUUGUAUGAUGAAUGGCUAAGGACACUUAAAAAGCAAGGAAGGGUUAAUUGGGAAAAUAUACAAUGGAUUAAUAGGUGAAAAAAUAGGGCUGAAGCUGUUAGAAAAGGUUUGGAAAGGAGACCUCGGGCCUCUGAUGGACUUUGAUUGGAAAGGGUUUCUAAUGUGGAGAGUGGUUAAGAAUCUGUCGAUAAGUUUAAAAGAAAAUGUGUACGAAGUCAUAUGAAGAUGGUAUACAACUCCGGUUAAACUAAAGCUGAUAGAUAGUAAGCAAAGCAUAUCUGCUGGAGAUAUGGCAUGUACAAAGGGACAUACUUUCAUUUAUGGUGGGAAUGCCCCAGUUGAAGAGUUUUUGGAACAACAUAUUUAUUGAAAUAGAUAACAUUAUAGGACUUAACAUCACUCUGGAUGUGAGGUUAGCAUUACUAAUGGACGUCACAAAGUUGAAUUUAGAAAUGAAAAAGAAAGAAUUGGUGAUUAUUUUACUCACAGUGGCAAGACUUACAAUCACAAGGAAUUGGAAAAUAGUAAUUAUUCUCAUGCUGGAAGCAUGGUAUGGAACGUAGCCUUAAAUGAUAAACUAUCAAUGGAAAUGAGGGUGUUCACGAGGGAAACUAACAGAUCAGAUUUUGAUUCAUACUGGUCAGUU